AGGGUGAGAAAAACAAACAGAGAGGAAAGUGCAGCAACAAAAACGGAAAAUCCAUCCGUUGAUGCACUUUUGAUUGGGAAAGUUUCAGUGUGUCUGCGUGUUUGCAGAACGAACGAAGGAAAAGCACUUAUAGGAAUCAGUGUCUGUGAGUGAGUGAAAGCUACCUGCACUUCAAGGAUAUUUUCUCUGCUAUCACUUGGUUGUGGAAAAUGGGAAAUUUCGGGAUGUUGUUGCCACCAAAGUUGCUGCUGCGGAUGUCUACGCUGCUGUUUCUGGUGGUGCACAAUGCAAACGGUCAGUACGGUCCGGAAGGCGGUCGCCGACUCAAGCCAUGCGAGCUGGAAUCGUUGCUGCGGGAUUUGACCUACCCUGAAGAGGGUUACGAGAUGCAUGCGGCCGCCCUGCGGAACCAACUCCGACACAUCCUGGAACGGGAUCCCUCGGACGGGGCCAACUACCAGUCGAUGGAUGAGUACGGCGGUUACGAAAAUUCCGGCCCGUACGAGGACAAACGGUCCUACCGCUCGUUACUGCGUGACGGGGCCUCCUUUGGCCAGAAGCGAAACCUCGGAUCGUUGGCCCGAGCCGGCCUGCUGCGGGCACCCCCAGCCGGUGACUACCUUAAGCGUAGCAUUGCCACCCUGGCCAAAAACGGCCAACUCCCGUCCCGGGAACCAGACUCGGAAGAGAGCAGCUCGGGCGCGGCCGCCGGCGGUUGGACCGAUGCCGACAAACGGAACGUGGCCGCCGCAUUCCGGUCCGGGUACAUGCUGAACGGCAAGCGGAACAUUGCCUCGCUAGCCCGGAAGUACGAACUGCCCGGCAAGCGGAACAUCCAGUCGCUGCUGCGAACCGGUGGAAUGAUGCCAUCGAUUGCCCCCAAGCGGAACAUGCAAGCGUUGGCGCGGGACAACUCACUGCCGCACUAUGGCGUGGUCGGGGGUGGCCAGGAAAGCAAACGGAACAUACAAACGCUGGUACGCGACUGGAAUUUGCCCAAGCAGCAGGGAGGGGGUGGCAGCGUUGCGACAGGUGGCGCCAGUGGAGUUGAUGAAAAACGCAACAUCCAAUCGCUGAAGAGUUCCCAGGGUGGUCGCAAGAAGCGCGAGCUGUACUACGACGAGGACCCGCUCGGGGUGGACGAGAGCGGAACGCCGGAAGUGCUGGAACCGGUCUACCAGUCCGCCCCGCUGGACUACGAGGAGCUGAUGGAGGCGAUGAGCGAGGCGUACCCGUACUACGUGCCCGGCCCGGACGGUAAUCACAUCGAGGAGAAGCGGUUCCUAGGUUCCCUUGCGCGGGCCGGUAUGCUGAACCGGUACCAUCGGUUCUACCACAAGCGUUCCGGUUGGACCGUGGCCGAUGCGUACGGCGGCCCGAACGACUACGACGAUGGUAAUGAUGACGAUGAUGAUGAUGAUGAUGGUGAUGGCGAUGAUGACGAAGAUAACGAUAACAGAACGAGUCAGAAAAACGACCGCUACAGAGAGGAAGGUGAUGAAGAGCCUGACGAAGUGGUGACCGACGACGACCCCGACGAUGAAGAUGAUGUUGUGGACGGCGUGUAUGGACCGGAGCCGUCCCCGCCCCGUAAGCGUCACAUUGCCUCGAUAGCACGUUCCGGCUGGUCGCCAUCCUUCCGGCCAUCGCGGGCCGCGGGCCGUUUCAGUCGAUCCGGGAGGGCGAGGUCGAGUUUUACUCCCAACCCGAGCGACUACGACAACCAACCGCAGGCGUUUGUAGACGAUGCGACACUAUUAGCAGCGACAGCCGGACAGGAUUACGAAGCGCCUCCACCGUCCCUUUCUUUGGCAGCAGCAGCAUCAGCAGCUGGGGAGCUCCCGGUUUACGAUCCACGUGGGGCUCAGCACCGCCUCGAGUCACAGCGCUACACUGGCGACGUUUUCGGGGUGAACCGUCGACCUCCUCCACCAGCAGGGCCGGUGUACGGCGGAUUGCACGAGGACUAUCCGAUGCCUCCGCCGCCGCCGUACUACGGAUACGCCGGAAUCACCACCAGUGAGGCCCGGUCGAAUCCGUUCUACUCCGAGGACGAGUUCCGGUGCGCUGCCCGGCUGCGCAAGCUGCUUUUCUACCUUAAGAAACAGUACCAACAGGACAACAAGUACAUCCAGGCCGUCUACGGACGGAACCCGGGAGGUGCUGGAGGUGCUCCGCGAUACAACUAAACCGCGCUUAAAAACCGUGUACUCACUAACUGUAUAACUCAACUUAAGCACUACUUAAACGAUAAGGCACGACGAGCUGACGCAGGACAAUAAUUUGCACCCGGUUCAAAGCGAAAGAAAGGAAGCAAGGUAAGAGCACUACUGUAGAGUUAGAUGUUUCAUUUCGAACUGAGAAGCAAGGUGACAUGUUUCCAUCAUCCAACAAAAUAUAUCAAUUAAAUGGAGCAAACAAAAGUGUGUCAAAACUGUAUGGAAACAAGUAACAACAACAACAACAAAAACUCAACCAAUGCUGUUAAACAAGAAUAAAACAAAUCUUAUAUUAUACAUUGUACAUGGACUUAAGAGAUCAAAACAAACACAGGAGCCCCCCUCGUAAGUGUUUAUAAAAGCAUUUUUACUGUAUUAAAAAAAGAGUGUAGAACUUAGGAUAACAAUUACUACUGGACACAAAACCUUUUAAGAUGUAUUUAUCAGAUAGCUAACCUCUUCCCCCUUUAGCCAACCAAGCCGCCGAUCAGGACGAGACGGUUAAAGUUUACCCUUUAAAACUCUGUUCUAAACUAUAUUUAACCAAAAAAAAAAAAGCAACAGCAAACAAAAAUAUCUCUCUAUUCCCAUAUCCCUUCCUUCAUAUCAAGUUGAGAACCUAAAAGAAACUGACAAAAUAAGCACACUCACACACUUUUCUACUUUUAAGAAACGUAAAACAAGGCAGCACUUUAAAGAAGUAAAAAAAGUAUAUCUUCCUUCCUCCUUUUUGAACCACACACACACA